GCCCGCGAGCCACGGAGCUAAAAACGAGAAUGGCGGGAAAAGAGGAAUUUCAGUCCAAGCAGAGCUCAACGCGCUCGUCUUCUCUAUCCAAAGAACAAAUCGGUGAAUCCCAGCAGGAGGAGGCAUGCUGGAGAAAACAAGUGGACCAGAAUCUGAAGAGGCUUCAAUCGCUCCUCUUCGGCGUCGAUUUGGCCCUCGAAAAAGGCGAUUACUCUGCGGCUCAACUUCUUGGUCUCCGUCUUCUUGGAUUUCUCGACUCUCAGACUCGUACCGAUGUUGAUCAAGCUUUUAUCCAGCCCAUUAGGCGCGAAGUCGUUGAGAAAAUUAAUGUUGCUCGCCGAUCCCUCAUGCCGGAAUCCGAUCGACAAGUAUUUGAACAAGCAAAGAAAGCUCCGGGAUGCGUUUUUAGCAUGAGCAAAGAAAUGGAUUUCAGCAAGAUUAAGCAGUCGAAGUACUUUCAGGCCCUUCAGGGAUCAAAUAGAACAGUUGUAAAUGAAUUGGAUUCGCUGGAGAGGGCGGAUAAGUUGAGUACCAAGGCACCAAAAAUCACUGCAGAAGCAAAGGGUACAUCCGUGUAUAGAAAAGAUCAAAGCAGAACAAGUCCUAGUCUGUACAGGAGUUCUUUGAAUGCAAGUAAUGCCCUUGAUGACUGUAUUAUUGUAGAAAAGAAUCCUUCACUAUAUGAUCAUACAAAAGACCAAGGUACAUCUUUAAUGAAACUUGAAGAGGAAGGGCGGACUUAUGGAAGUAUGGUUGCUACAAGACGUGCUCGGAUGGAAAUAAGUAGUCCUAAGGUAGACAAUGCCAACUCACCAUUGAGUACCGAAGAAGCUAAUGCUGAUUCUUCUGGCAAUGCAUUUGUCACUGCAAGAACAAAACUGGAAAUGGAUGCAAGGCAAAGACGAGGACUUGCAGGAUCACCAAAUACUUCUGUCUCCCCUCAGAGUGAUAAUAAUGUUUCCCAUAAAGGAUAUGGAAUGCGAUCCUAUGGCUCUUCACGCCGUGGAGUGCGUGGGAAUUUUGUCCCUCCUAUUAGGUCUAAUGGGGGGAAUGCCGGGAACAUGAUAAAUUCACGUGUUGGUGGAAAAGGUGAAGAUGCUCUGGAUGACUCAACAAAGAGAUGUUUGGAUAUGUUGUGCGGACCUGAUGGUGAACUUCCUGAAAAAUUAAGGAAUUUGGAGCCUCGACUUAUAGAACAUAUUAGCAAUGAGAUUAUGGACAGGGAUCCUAAUGUUCGGUGGGACGACAUAGCUGGUCUAGAACAUGCAAAAAAGUGUGUAACUGAAAUGGUAAUAUGGCCUUUAUUACGUCCCGACAUUUUCAAAGGUUGUCGUUCUCCUGGAAGAGGUCUCCUUCUUUUUGGUCCACCGGGAACAGGCAAAACAAUGAUCGGAAAAGCAAUUGCUGGAGAGGCAAAAGCAACUUUCUUUUAUAUAUCUGCCAGCUCAUUAACAAGCAAGUGGAUUGGCGAGGGUGAAAAGCUAGUGAGGGCCCUCUUUGGUGUUGCCAGUUGUCGUCAGCCGGCUGUCAUCUUUGUUGAUGAAAUUGAUUCGCUUCUGUCUCAGCGAAAAUCUGAAGGUGAACAUGAAUCAAGUAGACGACUCAAAACACAGUUCCUUAUUGAAAUGGAGGGCUUUGAUAAUGGCAGCGAGCAAAUUCUUCUUAUAGGAGCGACUAAUCGACCACAAGAACUUGAUGAAGCUGCAAGGAGACGACUGACCAAAAGACUUUACAUUCCCCUCCCUUCUUCAGAAGCAAGAGCAUGGAUUGUGCGUAAUCUCCUGGAGAAGGAUGGGUUGUUCAAGCUUUCUAAAGAGGAAAUUGAUACGAUAUGUACUUUAUCUGAAGGAUAUUCGGGUUCAGACAUGAAAAACCUUGUGAAAGACGCUUCAAUGGGCCCUUUAAGGGAGGCUCUGAAACAAGGCACAGAUAUUACAUUGCUUAAAAAGGAAGAUAUGCGGCCUGUAACCCUUAAGGACUUUGAGAACGCAAUGCAAGAGGUCAGGCCUUCUGUUUCUUUAAGCGAACUUGGUACAUAUGAUGAAUGGAACAAGCAAUUUGGGAGCUUAUCACUAUGAAGUUUUUUACUUAACAAUGACAUAGAAGGUAUAAGGCAAGCGGGAUUUAAAGCAACAUUUAGAUAUUUUUUUCUUGUAAUUCUUCUCAAUGUUGAACUAGCACGUUAGACUAUGUUCACCAAGCCUCUCUUUUUAUCUAUAUAUAUCUCCAACAACGGUGUUCCUAUGCAAGCGUGUAGAAAGAUUAAAGCUGUCCUGUCUUGCGGCUGGGCCCUUAUGCUACUAACUACUAAGGUAUUCACCUGUGUUUUCUUUUGUAGGUUUGUUUCGAGUUUGAAUUGUACGAUAGUGAAGUUAUCUUGGAUCCUCCUAAGAUCUAUUGUGGCAAGUUGAUUUCUUCAUUUUCAUUUUCUGUGAGAAAGAAAUCGAGUUUUCAGUUGAUUCCUUCACUAUUUUGUGGAACAUUUGACUUGAUGGGAAAGAUGUUGAAAAAAAUUCCUACCGUGGAGGAGGCUUGAGAUAUUAUGUACUUGAACACCUUUGUAGUUCAUACCUCUAACCUUUUCUGUAGUUAUUCUUUUUUAUUCAUUCCAAUAAUGGGAUUGCUAUUUUGUUAACUUGUAAUCUCUUUUGUGGAUAUUCUGUAAGAAUUAUGCCCAAGGACCUAUUUACAAGAUUAUCUUUCACAAAGGUUAAUAUUCACGAGAUUUACAUAUAACUCCA